GUUGCGCUCCGAGCUGCCAAUCCACAGAUCGACCUUCACGUGAAUUCCCAAACACUCGUUCAACACUGCGCCGAUGGAUUUCAAAGAGUUUGGAGGAGAGUCCUCCGAGGGAGACACGGAGGAUCUGGACAACGUGAAAGCACUCACAGAGAAGCUGAAGUUGCAGACUCGCAGACCGUCCUAUCUGGAGUGGCAGGAGCGGGUACAGAGUCGGCCGUGGAAGGAGAGUUUCCCGGCAGGCAGCCCGGGCUCCGGAGCACAGGUUGUGUCCAUGCCUGCAGUUCUGAGAGAUGAGAACUCGGAGGUGGUUGUGCGCAACAUUUGUGGCUUUGAUACCAUUGAUGAUGCUUUGGAGUUUCUGAGAAAAGAGCUGAGGGAGAUGCAGGUUCAGGACAAUCGUCUGGCCCGUCAGCUGAUCCGUCUGCGUGGGGAGAUCCACCGGCUGAAAGUGGAGCAGGUGUGCGACCGCCAUAAGGAGAUGCUGGAUGAUGCGACGUAUGAGCUGGAGGAGUGUGGCGAGGAGUCGGACCUGCUAUGUGACAUCCCCAUGAAAGCUGCCUUCGCUCUGUCCACCCCGCUCAAACACCUGGGCCUCACCAAGAUGAACAUCAACUCCAGACGUUUCUCACUGUGUUAAAACCCGUAUUCAUGUUACUGAGGAUGUUCCCAUGGCCUUCUUUGUGUUUGUGUUGGCUAGUUAUGAGUUUUACUUCCUCCUCAGGAGUUGUUGAUUGAGUGAAGAGUGGCUGCCAGCUAUUGGUGCCCUGAGUGGAAACGAAAAGUACUGUGCACCUUGGCUUGACAUGUAUGAGGAAGCCUCAGCGUGCCAACCUGUAGGGGGAACACACCCUUAAUGCAGACACACCUUCCUGCUGGACGGAGACUGGCCUGCUCUGCUGUUGGCUCAGUCAUGCUACUGUAAUCAGAGUUCACAGAUGACAGCUUAGAGCUUGACUUAAAUUUAAAAUGGGCAUUAUGUUCAACAUCUCUACCAAGUGAUUUCUGUAAAUAAAGUUUCACUUGUGCCAAAGGAGUGCAAAACAGUCACAGGGAGAGCAGAACUGAUAAGCUGAAAGACUGUCAUAGAAGAAGAAGCUCACUCCAUAGAAGAAGUCAGUGUCUUAUUGGUGAGCUUUGUAGUCCCAGUACAGGAGGGAGCUUUUCAGACAUGUCUGUUUACUUUAAAUCAGUGGUUUCCAACUUAGGGGUCAGGGUCCAGGCAAGGGCCAGCAAAAUGAAUUUGAGAGGCUGUGAGGCAAUUAACAGGAAAGGAACCAGAGAAGAACAGAUUUCCCUUUUGUCUUUUCCAUUAAUCGUCUGACCACCCUCUGGUUGAACUUCAGUGAUUAGAGAUUGCACAGCCUGGUCUCGCUCCCAGGGUGUCAAAAUACCAGGGUGACAUCAAGGGCAACGUUAUCAUUUUAGACAGUCAGAGCAAUGGUUGAAUCUCUCCCAACCAAAACAAAGUAGUUUUGAUCCCUAUACCUAACCAUCAGCUGCUUCUUACUGCUCUGUUCGUGCUACUCAAAAUCAGGUGUUUUUUAGGGAACUCUUUUCUAAACCAUAACCAAGUAGUUUUGUUACCUAAACCUAAACGCUGACCCCUUCUUACUCCAGACCCCUUAUGUGUCAGCAUACAAUGCAAAAGGCUGCCCCCAGCAUCAGUUUAGUAAUGAUCACAUAAGCCAAAGAGGGUGGGAACCAGUGCUUUACCAGUAAUUGUUUUCGUGGAGUUGACUGCAAAUAAAAUAGUAAGACAUUCGUGUGUCUCUUCCAGUCUGGUCAGAUAACUGAAAAUGAUCAGCAGCACAUUAAAACAGCCCUUUAAUACAGCCACACAUUCCAGCUGGUGAGGCCUUCAUCAGAGCACCGUCCCUACCGCUAUCUUCAAAGGAAGUGCGAGUCACACACCAGCAUUUUUACACCUCUUCUUCACAAACCAAAUAUAUCUCCAUAGCCUCACCACUGCAGUGACAGGACACAGGAGGCUGUGCUUAAAGCAUUUUGUUUUCCAUUACCAUAUCCAGAUGCUGCAGAGCACAGACUGGAAACUAUAUAUGGCUGGACAGUGACCAAGUGUAUUUUGUCUCCCAAAAUACUUAUUAUAUUGCUUAAUAUUAGUAGUAACAGCUGAGAUACUUUUGUUGAGUGAUAUUUGACAUUGAUUGUAACUGUGUUAAAUGUAAACAACUUAUUAUUAUUGUUAAAUCAUGCUACUGUAAAAUAAUAUGUAUUUGACAAAUGAGAAUAAAAGAAAAGUGCCUUAAA